GUAUGAACGCGACGUUUAGGAAGAAACAACUAACAACUAUCAGCAGCGCAGACAAACAUGGCGCCUGCCGACAGAAGUGUCGCUUAGAACUUUGACGGGACUGUCUCCGAGUGCUUCCUCUGCGCCUCAUUCCGUUUUUUUUUUUAAGCGCCAUUCUCUUCGCCGAAGUCGCAGUCUGGAAUAUAUCGAACGGAUAAAGGCAGCAAGUUGCUUUCAUGUCAACAUAAUCUUCCGCUGCAGCGUGAACAGCUGGUAGACCCGGCCAGCCAUGAUCGAGGACAAAGGCCACCGUGUGACCGACUACUUUGUGGUGGCCGGACUGACGGACAAGUCCACACCCUUGGAGCAGGACCUGUCGGAGGCCAAGUCGAGCGGACCCAAGGCACCCAUCACGGACUUGGCUGUCAUCAACAGGUCAGCGGGCGAAUCCGUUCCUGAGGGUUUCACCUGCAUCGACAGCACCUACAGUGGGCAGCCGGCGAACCUGAACCACGGCAGCCUCAAGAGCCCCGAGCUCUUCUUGUGCUACAAGCGGGGUCGCGGAAAGCCUCCUCUCAUCGACAUCGGUGUGCUGUAUGAGGGCAAGGAGCGCCUGAUCCAGGGCUGUGAGGUCAUCCAGGCGACACCGUAUGGCCGCUGCGCCAACGUCAACAACAGCUCCGCUGCAUCCCAGCGGAUCUUCAUCACCUUCCGCCGCGCACCGCUCAUCCAGCCUCAGAAUUCCUUGGCUGUGACCGAUAUCUGCGUCAUUAUUACCAGCAAGGGCGAGACACCGCCUCACACCUUCUGUAAGGUGGAUAAGAACCUCAACUGUGGAAUGUGGGGCUCCAACGUCUUCUUUUGUUACAAGAAAUCAGUGUCUUCAUCAAAUUCGAUCAGUUAUAAUGCUGGCCUUAUAUUUCGUUACCCAGAAGACGACUAUGAGUCGUUUCCCCUGUCGGAGUCUGUUCCUCUCUUUUGUUUGCCCAUGGGGGCGAAGAUAGAGUGUUGGGCACCAGACACACGUGAUCCUCUACCAGUCUUCUCCACGUUUGUUUUAACCAUAUCCUCAGGCGAAAAGGUGUACGGAUCAGCCAUCCAGUUCUACGAGCCUUAUCCUGUGGACCUGCUGAGUGAGAAGCAGAAGGUCCAGUUGGGGUUGCUGACCACUGUGGAGAAGAAGAUGAUCACCAACCGCCCCGUGAACACCAACAAGUGUAUCUGUCUGCUCUCCCGCUGGCCGUUCUUCGAGUCCUUCCGCAAGUUCCUGAUGUUCCUCUACAAGCUGUCCGUCUCAGGGCCACACCCGCUGCCCAUUGAAAAGCACAUUUCACACUUCAUGCACAGUGUGUCUUUUCCUUCUCCUCAAAGACCCAGAAUUUUAGUCCAGCUUUCGGCACAUGACACCUUGAUCCUGUCCCAGCCUGUGUGCACACCCUUACCCCUCAGUGGUGCCGACUACGCUACUCUGCUGAUGAAUCUGGGCUCUGAAAACUGCGCCACACUGCUACAUUUUCUUCUACUGGAGAGCAAGAUCCUGCUGCACUCGCUCCGGCCCGCUGUGCUCACGGGAGUGGCCGAGGCUGUGGUGGCUAUGAUCUUCCCUUUUCAGUGGCAGUGUCCAUACAUCCCCUUGUGUCCUCUCUCACUCGCGGGCGUCCUCAAUGCACCGUUACCGUUUAUAGUCGGGGUGGACUCGCGCUACUUUGACCUUUACGACCCGCCGCCUGAUGUUGUGUGUGUGGAUCUCGACACCAACACCAUCUACCUGUCUGACGAGAAGCGGCACAGCAACUGGAAGAACCUCCCGAAGAAACCCUGCAAGAGUCUCAUUAACUCACUGAGCAACUUGCACCACCAGCUGGCCACCGUUCUAGUGCGUCAAACAGCAGCAGAACAGCAAGGCUCGGCAGUGCAGAUGACCCCAAUUGAGGCUGACUUCACGUGGCACAAGAAGAAGACGGCCCUGGAGAUGGAAGUCCAGGAGUCGUUCCUCCGCUUUAUGGCCUCCAUACUGAAGGGUUACCGCUCCUACCUCAAACCCAUCACCCAGGCCCCGUCUGAGAAGGCUACAGCUGCAGACUCACUCUAUGAUUUGCAAGCCUUCCUAAAAAGUCGAGACCGCACCCACCAGAAGUUCUACUCACAGCUCACCAAGACGCAGAUAUUCAUCCGCUUCAUUGAGGAAUGCUCCUUUGUCAGUGACAAGGACACUGGACUGGCCUUUUUUGACGACUGCAUCGAGAAGCUUUUUCCCUCUGAUAAAAUCACCGACAAAAGCACGAAGGUUGAAGGCGAGUCAUCAGAGGACACGAGACUGUUGGAGCUGGAUGAGUCCCAGAAGAGCGAGCACACUGUCUUUGUCAUGCCUCCCGAACCGCCACCUGACGACGGGCCUGAACCCUCCCCCCGAUACAGCUAUAAAGGUUUUCCCAGACUCAGGCUGGAGCUGUUUGACCGUCCCAGGGAGUUACGUCCUGCACUUAACAGCCGAGCAGUAGGGGGCAGUCUGUCCAACAGCCCCGCACUACUCGCCAAGAGGACCAAACAGGAGGUUAAGCUGGCAUACAAAAUGGCCAAGCGUUUCUACUCCAAUCCACCGCUGUGGGCCCGCUGUCUGUUCAGUCACUGCUAUAGCUUGUGGUUCAUCUGUCUGCCAGCAGCGGUGCGUUUGGCGAAAUCAAAAGACUGCGCCAUGCAGCAAGCAUACAACAUCCUCCUGAAGAUGAAGACCACUGAAGUGGAGGUGUUGGAUGAGGUGUGUUACCGAGUGGUGAUGCAGCUCUGUGGUGUGUGGGGUCUUCCUGUUGUGGCUGUGCGAGUCCUUGUUGAGAUGAAGAAAGCUGGAGUACUUCCGAACGCCAUCACAUAUGGCUACUACAACAAGGCAGUCUUGGAGAGCCCGUGGCCGAGCCGAAACUACAGCGGGCUCUUUAUGUGGACCAAACUGCGCAAUGUGCUUCGCGGAGUGGCUCAGUUCAAGCAAGCGCUGCACCGUACAUCAUCGAAGAAGGAAUCCACAGUGACAACCCCAGUUGGUGGGUCAGCUCUCAAAGACACUGACCGUUUGAGUCACGGAAGUGGCGAUAGCUCAAGUGAAGUCAACGGUGAGGAUCGCGGUUUGUUUGCCCACAGCGAGAACAUGGGAGACUCGACAGACAACCACUGUAGUACAGGACAGCAGUCUGAUCAAGGCUAUGGCUCCAAAGAUGAGUUGCAUCGGGAACUUUCAGAAUCCUCACAUUCAACUGUUCUUUCUGCCGAAAAUGGAAGCGGUGUCGAAGCACAGCAUGCUGGGAGCGACAUGGCCGGCUCAGUGGAUAGCGCAGUAGCAGAGCCCCCAAGAUCUGUUGACCUGUCGUUGCCUGUCCAUAGUAUUGUGAAGCCAUCAACAGGAGGUUUGACCACUGAGAUGGACACAGGUGGUGGGAAACUGUUCAGGCGGCACAGCAAAACUGAAAAUGCCGCUUCUCUGUCUCAACAACGGCAGAAAGCCUUUUCUGAACGUAGCUGUAGCUUCAGCGCUGAAACCCGUGCCGGAAUGCUCUUGGAACAAGGUGUGGAUCACAUGGCAAGCCAAAUGGGUGCUGAUGCCCGUAUCCUGGCUGCAGCUUUGUGUGCAAGCAGAAGCCCACCUCCUGACAGUGUUCCCAAAGCACUUUUCAAAGACCUGAAGGAAGAGCCUGAAGGGGAUCGGGACUCGACACUUGGAAACCGACCACAAGAAGAGGGGUUGAGCGUCAAUAUCCAGUCACCUGAAGAAGAGAAAGGACUUGGUAAAGAGGUGGAGGGGACUGACAUCGGAUUGGAGGAACAGGACCAGGAGCACACUGAAGCACAAGACGAGGAGGUUGGGCUAAGGAUAAUGAGCCUGGAGAGGGCGGAUGUAGAGGUGGGUGCAGAUCCACUCUCUCGUUUGGUGUCAGAAAGCGAAGAAUCUGCUUCUGUUAACAGUCAGGACCAGUCUCGCUCAUUGCCUACUGUGGUGUCGCGAAACCUGGCUGAGGAAAUAGAAAUGUACAUGAACCAGCAAAGCCCUCUGGGAGUUAAGUCCUCCAGUAUGGAACUCCAGCAGGGUAAGGUAGACAACACCAGUGCCCCACAGGCUAAACAGCCUCUGGAGCGGAGGUCCAGCCUUCCUGUGCCUCCUGUUAAAACACCUACCAUCUCCCCAGACAAUACACCUAAAUGCAGCCCUAAUACUGUGGCACGUUCCAAAACCUUUGCUGCAAAGACGAGAGGCUCUGGUAGUACUACAAGUCCAGGUCCCAGAUCAUCCUCACUGACGGCUUUGGUCAAGUCCUCCCAGGGAGGGUCUUUGGGUUCAGUCAUAAACACCAUUUCAGGAAUCAAGAUGGACACCCUCCUCUCAGGUCCAAAACUGGAUGUAUUCAAGUCAAGUAUGAAGCAGGCGGCAAAUGUUGCAAGCAAAGUGUGGGGAGCAGUUGCUUCAGCUUAUACCUAUUCGGAUGACGAGGAGGAACCGGCUCAGGGUAGUGGUGCGGGGGGCGGUGGCGGCGGUGGCUUUCCAGCCCAUCUGGAUGAGCACUUGUUGGCUGAGCGUGAUGGAAAUGAGAGUCCGACUGAGAGGCGGACCAUCCCAGGUUUGGUGGCCAAUGGUCUAAAUCAAAGCUGCACCAGCCUGGGUAGCAGCAGCGGCAGCAGUGACAUAGGCCGAGCCACCCACCAGACACAUCUAACUGUGGGACGAGCAGGAAGAGGUCUGGACUCUGAGCAGAACUCUUUCCAUCAUGCUUCCACCUCCAGCAUCUAUCAGAACUGUGCUCUGGAGGUGCUGAUGUCCAGUUGCUCCCAGUGCCGCUCCUGUGAAGCCCUGGUGUAUGAUGAGGAGAUCAUGUCAGGCUGGACAGCUGAUGACUCCAACCUCAACACCAACUGCCCAUUUUGCCGCACAGCCUUUCUCCCAUUGUUGCACAUAGAGUUUCAUGACUUGCGCACAACAGCUGCGUUCUACAUGAAUCCCAGUGCUUCAGGAGACAGCAUACACAGCACCAGUGGCCAGGGUGCAGCAGGCAGCUCCACUGACAUUAAGACCCAGGACCUCCUCUCUUUCCCACUGUCAUCUGAAGAGGAGCAAAGUGAGAUCUCAUAUAAUCGGCCCACAGCGCAGAAGAGCCUGAUUCCAGAGCCGGUCCAGUCCGACCCACUGGGCCUCCUUGAGCACCAGGCAGCAGGGAGUCAGCAGAGGUGUACGAGGACAUCACUGACACGCAGUAACAGUGUUGGUGGCCCGCUUCAGAGCCUCGACUGGAUGCAGAGCCCUGGGCAUGGCGUCUCAACUACCAGCCUACCCUGCAGCCUGCUGGAAGUGUCUAAUGGCAUGGGGACAAAAAGGCCAAAUCCCAAACCCAUUUCUGUGCCGUACCUCAGCCCCUUAGUACUACGUAAGGAGCUGGAGACACUAUUGGAGAAUGAGGGCGAUCAGGUGAUCUACACCCACAAGUUUCUCAGUCAGCACCCAAUCAUCUUCUGGAACCUGGUCUGGUAUUUCCGCCGCCUCGAGCUGCCGACUCACCUCCCUGGUCUCAUUCUUAAUUCCGAACACUGUAACAACGGCGUACAGCUGCCCCUCACGCUGUUGUCACAGGACAGUAAGCAAGUAUAUGUCCAGCUGCUGUGGGACAACAUUAACCUGCACCAGGAACCUGGCGAUCCUUUAUACCUGCUCUGGAGGACUUUGUUGGAGAAGAAGGGGACUCUGGCUCCAACGGACCACCAAGAGAUUCGCACCCUCCUGAACACGAUUGUUCGCAACAUCCAAACCAAUGACGUCUACGGGCCAAUCAACCUUUUGAUCCGAGAGAUCAAAAGACGUCCAGAAGAUGUCAAACGGCAGAGGAGUAUCUACAGAGAGAUAUUAUUUCUGUCGCUGGUGGCGCUGGGAAGGGAAAAUAUCGAUGUGGAGGCCUUCGACAGAGAGUACCAAGCGGCGUAUGAUGCUUUGAGCUCAGAGCAGCUCAAGUCUUUGCAACGCAUUGAUCGACCACCAACCUCCAGCGUCCAGUGGUGCCUUAAAUGCUUUGGAGCCCCAUUCAUCUAACGUCUGACAAAACACAAAUACUGUCUGAUCGCAGGAGGGCGACGGAAGGGGAGGUCAGGUGGUGGUGCAAAACUAUUUUGCAUGCAAACGCCCCCCUCUGCUGACUGAUAUUACUCCAACAACGCCUUCUUUUUGAAGUCUAGUUUUGUCCUUAGGUUUUUGACGCAGCUACGGCAUGUUGAAUGCUGCAGUGAAUAUUUUAGGACUAGCUGUGCUUUUUUUUUUUUUUUCUUCUUCUUGACAGAGGAUGUACAGAAUGUAUCAUCAGUCGCUCAGAUGUCAACUCGUGUCCACUCUUUCACCUCCCCUAACUUGCCUGCUCUUAACUAAGUUGAGUAAUUUGUUGAGUGUGUUGACUGACUGUUCUUUUGUGCACUUUUUAAAAAUGAUAACGCAAGUUCACCUGCUUUGUGUACAUAUAUGUAUAUCUUGUUUUGUUUUUUUACUUGGUGGUUAAUCUUAAACCUGGGUUUCCUCUUGAAGCUUUGACUGUUUCUGUGAUCCAGAUCUUAAUGAAUGUCUUGUUAAAGUUAUUAGAAAAUGUACAGGUUUUGUUUGGAGCUGUUUUGUGUAAAUAUGUGUUCAUAGCACAAGUGUAAAUGGAAGCAGACGGAGAUGGCCGACAAUCACUGAAAACUCUUUCACAACAUUCCAGGUGCCCGUUAAAGGGGUUAUAUUGUGCAAAAUUGUCUGUCUUCGACUUUUUAAAGUUAAGUAUAUUUGGAAUUUAAUGUUAAAAGUCCUCAGUGUCCUUUAGUUCUGUCUGCAACUGUUGAAAUUACUUUAUUAGACAAAUUUAAGCCUCACACGUCUGGUAUUAGACUUCCGUGACAUACUCGUAUGUCGAAGAUGUAUACGCUGUAUUUGUAAUUGUUCCUGUGCGACAGAAUGCAUACAAAAUCAAAGCUCUGGUCUUCAGAGGCUGUUGGAAGUCUUAAACUUGGCUGAAUUUGGCACUGAGUUGUCCCAAGCCGUGACCUGGCAUAAAUCCAAUAAACUGAAGGGGAGAAACAUGGCAAACUCCACAACAUACAUAGGUUAGCAAAAAUCUGAAAACCUUGAACCAAGUUUGCACAUAUUCCCAAUUUUAGUGAAGUUGGACACACUCCAAAUUAGCUCCAGGUCAAAUUUUCACAGUGCACAGGCAGUGUUACCCCAAGUUGUGUAUGCGUUCACUCGAAGUGUACGCAGCAUUUGGCAGUUAUCCUGAGUUGGUUAUGCAGUAAUCCGAGUUACUUUGGAAUUUCAGAGGUCCUGAUAACUUUGGGGGAAAAAAGUUCAAACUGGGUACCGACCUAUGCAGACUAACUACUCUCCCUACGACUUGUGGCAAGUUGCGGCUUGGGAAGAAUCUUUGCAAGCCUUGGCCAAGUGUGAGAUUUGCUUGGGGAAUUCGGCUCAGUUUGGCACCAAACGUGAUGGGGUGUGAAAGUUGCUUAAAGCAACCGAUUUUCACGAACAGGCUUUAAUAUAUACAGUGCCCUCCAAAAGUAUUCGGCCCCUUGGUAUUACACACAUUUGAAUUUGUUUAUGCCAUUUCAAAUACAAAAAGUAAAUCAGGCAACUUAGUAUAGAUGUUUCCAAAAUGAUCUUCCUUAAAUUCAAGCUCAGAGCAAAUAUCUGCAACUUGAUCUAAAUAAAGAUACAAAAGCCAAGAUGAUGGGUUGCAUAAGUAAUGGACCCCUUUGGUAUCAUACCUGUAAAUCAGUUUUAUUGCCAGUUUUCUUCAGACAAGUCAGGUGAUGGAUACAUAAACAUUUCCAAGUCACUGAAUGUGUCUUGGACUUUAUUUACAUCAAUUAUGAAGGAAUACAAAUAGAAAUAGAUAUUGGAAAUGGCAAACAAAUUAAAAUGUGUGAAAUAUCAAGGAGCCAAAUACUUUGAGAGAACACUGUACACUCAAACCAAUGCUUUAGGGAAAAACAAACAAUGAAUUGGGAAGCGACCAGAUAGAGAAGGUUUCCAUUCCUUCAACUCGAGAAACAAGUAGAUGUUUGCAAGGUCUCUGAUUGCAGGAAGUUGUCCAGUUUGUGUUUUUUAAUGUUAUUUUAACAGCAGCACUAAUGUACGCCUUAUUAGAGAUUAGAACAGUAUCUCACAUACUUAGGUUAUAACUUAUUUACAUAAACUAUCACUUUUUGGGUAAAAAAGUAACUUUAGACAGUUCAGCGAGUCUGAUUAAAAUUGGUUUGCAGGAUCACUUUUCAAGUUUACACACAAUUUUGUAAAGGGCUUUUUUUUUUUUUGGUACCGCUAACACUGUAUCAAGGAAGAAAGAACCGGACACUGUGACAUUCCACUAAAUGCUGAAAUGGAAAAAUACUGUGACAGUUCUGCCGCCUUGUCUUGUUCAGAAAUGGGACGUCCUUUUUGAGACUCGGGUGAGUGACGCUAAUGUAAAACAACAUGCAAUAAAGGGAAGCUUGUGACCUUAUUGCAGGAGGUUUGUGCAAAGCCACAAUGACCCCAUUAAUAUUUGUCCUUCAAAACAGAAAUUACUUAUUUAUUUUUCUAUUAUUGACAUUUGGAUUGCAGAUGGUAUAGUUGCCUGUUUUUGUAUGAAUUUCCAGCCUCCCCCAUCAUUCUAAAUCUGUUCAGGGAUUCCAGCAUGAACUGACUUUGUAAAUUGAGCUUAUCUCAGAGAAUGUACAGAAAAUAUGUAGUUUAAAGCUCUCUAACCGUCCUGUGGAAAGGAAUUGAAUGUCUGCACGUAACUGAGUUGCAAUAAAUGAGCGUGUGACCUGA